AUGUUUAGUGCCAGCAGGGAGCCGAGCCGCAAACACGGCUAUACAAACAGUUUCCAAGGCGGAUUCGGGGAUGAUGAAGAGGCAUUGAAGAUGAGCACUACUAAUAAGAAGAGGAGGGAAAUGAGUAUGAGUUGUGAGGUCUUCAAUGGUGGUAUGGUCUCUUCAUAUCCGCCUGUGAACCCAAUGUUUAAGGGGUCUACUAGUGGUGUGCCAAAGAAAAAGGAUAGUGGUGGUGGUGGUGAGGCAUUGCGUAAUAAGGACCUCCAUAUGUUUGUUUGGAAUUCCAGUUUAUCGCCAAAUUCCGAUGGAAAUCUUAGACAUGCAGUAAAUCGAGUUGCUUCCACUGACUUUGGGGUAAUUGAUCCUUCUAAGGCUGCAGUUCUUCAACAACAUGAAACUGCUGCUUCAAAAGGUAUGCAUGAUUUAAUUGCAAAUAUGAGUCCCGGGAGGAAAACGAGUGCAUAUAGAGAGCUUGAGUUAGAAGAAGGAUCCAAGUUUCCAGCAAGUGCGUCUCUGUACGGUAGUUUUUGGAAGAAGGUGGACAUGGAAGACGGAGAUGUAGCCAAGAAUCUCCAAAUGCCUCGUGCCAGUGUCAUGAUUAGACUUAUACUUAUCAUGAUCUGUAAGAAGCUUAUUAGAAACCCCAACACCUACGCCAGGGUUCUUGGCUUGGCCUGGUCUCUCAUAUCAUACAAGAUUAUUCAUGGCUUUACAACCAAAGAUCAUAGCUUGUGGAAAUCUGUUGCAACAUUUGCAAUGGCUGUUAGGUUUUUAACAGGCCCAACAAUGAUUGCUGGAACCUCCAUUGCUAUUGGUCUUCGGGGAAUUCUUUUACAUGUUUCAAUACUUCAGGCUGCUCUUCCUCAAGGCAUUGUUCCAUUUGUAUUUGCCAAGGAAUACAAUGUCCACGCAGAUAUACUUAGCACUGCCCGUGCCCGUAACAAUUAUCGCGACUUACUUGGGAGUGAAGUAACACGGAGUGAAAAGUCAAUCUUGGCUUCAAUGAUCGCAACUUACUCGGGAGUGAAGUUGUGUCCUUUCUGCCCCACUGGCUUGCUGGAGCUGGUGGUAGAAGAUUCGAGGGUCGAUGUUAGGCAUGUCAGAUGGCGAUAG